CUUCUCUCCUUCUUCUUCCGCCGCUGUUUCUGCUGGUCCUGCUUCCUCUGCUUCUUCUGCUCCAGCUCCAGCUUUCUUGCUGCCCUUUCUUUCUCUGCCUGCUGUUCGGCUCUUUCCAUCAUGAGCAAGAGUUUUUCUAUACCCUCGUUACUCUCCCCCAACCAAUCUGAUCGUUAUGUAAAUAACAACACUGCCAAUACUAAUAAUCCUAAUAAUCCUAAUAAUCCUAAUAAUACUGAUAAUACUAAUAAUCUUAAUAAUACUAGUAACAACGACGAUAAUAAUAAAUCCAGUAAUAUCAAUAACAUCAACAAUAUCGCUCUGGAUAGUAAUAGCGCUAAUGCUGAUGGUAGCGCUUCAAGAACUGUGCAUCGCUACUACAACCCAAUAACCGACAGAACAACUUACACCUCUGUAUCCCCAAACAAUAUCAAAAAUAACAACACUAAUCUUAAUGGUCAGGUCCAGUUUCCUGUUAAAAAGCCAACCAUCGCCUCUUUGGUCAAUAAUGAUUCUCCCUCUUCUAAUUCUUCCUCCAAUUCUUCUUCCUCACCAAAUUCAAACACUAACAAAACUAGUAUCAGUAGUAUCAUAAAUUCUUCAACCAACAUCCCAAUUAACCUAAACAACAACGACGCAAAUAAAAACAUUAAAAAUAAAAACAAUAACAAAAACGCAAUCAAUUUCAUAAAUAACAAAUACCCAUCAAACUCAAUACUAAAUCAUUCAAACAAUGAAAAAUCAAACACUCCUUUGACUCAAGCUCCUACUCAAAUGCAAAAUAAUUCUUCAACCCCAAACUCAAACAACAACUCUCCAACACUAGUGUCCAUAAAACUGGUAGAAUCAAAAAAAAGAAAACAAAGAGUACGAAAAACUGCAUCCCAACCCCAGCCUCAAUCCCAAAUCCAGUCGCAAUUUAUUCAGUCGAGGGACUCAAAACCCUUGAAAAAAGAUAAAAAAAAAACCUCUCCAAAGACUUCAAAUAAACUUCUAACCUCCUCUAAUAUUCCCAUCAUCCCAAUUAACUCAAAAGAAUCAAAGCCCCAAAAGGAAAUUAAAGAAUUCAAAUUCACUAAAAACAAUAUGAAAAUGCCAAACAACAUUUCAAAUUUACCAAACUAUAGUAACAAGGAAAUUACCAUCGUCAAUGAAACUAAUGAAUCAAUCAAAUCAAGUCCCUAUAUCAAAAAACAAAAAUCUACAAUAAAUAAUUCCAAUAAUACCGCCAAUAAUAAUACUAAUACUAAUACUAAUACUAAUACUAUUGCUACUCCGCCUCAUCCUUCCUCUUCAACAAUUUCUAAAACUAGUAACAACAAAAAUUUAACCCCAGAAGAUUUAUUAAAGACUCAAAGACUAAUCCAAUCUUAUUCGGUAAAAAAUAGUCAACAUUAUAUCUUACCAAACACAAAAAACAACUCAAUUUUGAAUGCUAAUAAUCCUCUCACUACAAAUUCAGAUAGCAAUAUUAACGACAAUUAUAAUGAUAAUAAAAUCAAAAACCUGGCAAUAAAUAUCAAUGGGAACACAAACAACAUGUCAUCAAUCCCUUCAAAUUUUACUAAUAACAUUAUCAUCUCUGAUAACAAACAACCGAAAAAAAGAGGCCGCCCUUACUCAAAAGAUACAAAUAUCGACACAAAACCUUUGAAAAAAUUAGCAAUCAAAAAGGACCUUAAAAGGGACGUGCCAAUCCAAAUUAUUAACUCAUUCCAACCAAAUAAACCGAUUUCACUCAAUAUCAAUAACAACAACAAUAACACUACUAGUAAUGGCAACGCUUCCUACUCAAAUAAAAUUAAUCAUGAUGUUAAUGACCAACAAAAAAAGAAUCAAUCAGUCUUAAUGGCAUCAACGAUCCACUUAUCUCCUGAACAAAUUGAAUUCAAUAAUGUUAUGGCAAUGAAAAAACCACUAAAACUAUCAAAUGAUUCUUUAAAUAAGUUACCUCCACCGAGAAUCUUAGAUAUUCCCUCCGAAAAGGAUUUAUUGAUCAAGGGCAAAAAAAAUGAUGAUCAAAUACAACUUCAAAAUCAAAAUCAAAACCAAAACCAAAACCAAAAUCAAAACCAAAACCAAAACCAAAACCAAAACCAAAAUCAAAACCAAAACCAAAACCAAAACCAAAACCAAAACCAAAACCAAAACCAAAACCAAAAUCAAUAUCAAUAUCAAUAUCAAAACUCUAACGCUGAUAACAACAAUAAUAAUACAAUUAAUGAAAACGAUACUGAUGUUGCCAUUGAUGAUGAACAAGAAGAUAUCGACCAAGGCCCGCCAAUUAUCGUUCUUGAUGUUCCAUUAAGAGCUCCGAACGAUCCUCCAGGCUCUUCUAAAGUAGUUAUAAAUGUUAUGAAAAUGUGCGAGGAUAAAUACGGCUUUAAAAGAAUUCAUCCUAAUGCCAAAUAUGCUAUGGAUCUUCUAAAUGAUCUCGAUGAUGACGAUCCUGAUGAUGUUGAGAUGAAUGAAUUUAUUGAUAAUAGCAGUAGCAAUAGAAACGGUAAUAAUAAUGAUUCCACCUUAGAAGAUUCUGAAACUUCAAAAAAGAGAAAAUCCCAAAAAAAGAAAGCAGCUUCAGUUAAUAGAAAAAUUGGAAAGUACGAUGUAAAUGAUCCAUUUAUUGAUGACUCAGAACUAUUUUAUGAGGAGCAAAGAGCUUCCACUGUCGAUGGCUUUUUUGUCUAUUGGGGCCCAUUGGUUCAAGAUUCCCAAUCUGAAAACAAAUCUGAAAAUGCAAAUUCAAAUUCAAAUUCCACUUCCAAUACCAAAAGAGGAAGGGGUAAUGGCAGAGGUGGGGCUAGAAACUCUAGGUCGAAUGCUAAAAGAAAUAAAAAUACUCAAAGCAAUCAAAAUAACCAAAACAAUCAAAGUAAUCAAAAUGGUUCAAAUAACCCAAAUUCAAAUUUACCCAAUUUAACUCCUGUUCAUACAUGAUUAAAGUUUAUCAAAUGAUACCUAUAACAAACCAAAAAUUGAAAUAUUCCCAAAAAUACCAAAAAAUUUAAUGAUUAUCUGUAUUUUUAGACUUUAUUUUUUUUCUACUUUGUUUACUUUUAUAUUUGUGCUUUUGUAGUUUUUUAUUUUUGCGUGCUCUUGUUAUGUUUUGUGUUGUUUUUUUUUGUAAUUGUGUGUUUUUGUUUAUUAUACAUUAUAAAAAUAUAACCAAGCUAUACAACAACUUAUUGAUAUAUUAUGGUUCAUUGCAAAUGAACAAAAUAAGUGGAUUUAUUUUUU